AUGGCGCAGCACGGGUUUGAGGUGCGGAAUGAAACGGCCAAAGUAGCUUUCAUUACCGAUUGCGAGGGCAACUUCGAGUAUUGGAUGAGAUGUGUGGAAAUGAGCAGCGUGGUUUGCUGGGAUUCCGGCAAGUUGGAGUUUGCGAACUCUUCUGAUACUUUUGUGUUUGGUGGCGAUGUGUUUGACAAGGGCACCGGAGACUUGCGAAUUGCUCAGCAGCUUGUGCACUUCAAGCAGCGUUACCCAGAGCGCGUGCACUUGCUGGCGGGCAACCGCGACGUCAACAAAUUGAGGCUUCCAGCUGAGCUAGCAGAGGGAGACAUUGACGUGCCGCAGCCGGUGCCCGCAUACCGAGGUGCCCCUCCCCCAGUUGCCUUCAGGAGUUUUCUCGAGGCGCAACAGCAACGUGAGGGAGCUGAGUCACUGGAAGCAGUCAACACGAGGGCAGCACGUUUGCGGUGGAUUCUGGACCAUACUAUGACUGCACCCGGGGCUUUCGAACAUAGACGCCAAGAGCUUGCAUUGUUGGGAAGUGUGCCGGCAGAAAGCAUUGCAGAUGACGAUGUGGUGCAGAGCUUUCUUUCCUCCGUUCAAGAUGGUGGCUUGGUGUGGGAAUACCUUUGUCACAGCUGCUUGAUGGUUGUGAUUGGCCCUUGGCUCUUUGUGCAUGGUGGAAUUCCAAAAGCUGGUAUAGGAUGGGUUCCCACGCAGGACAUGCGCUUUUUGCUGCCUAAAGAAGGUGGUAGCGUGGGCGCUUACCUCAAACUAGGCUGCAGCCUUUCGGAAUGGGUUGCGGCAACAAAUCUUCGGUUCAAGGACGGGCUGGAGGACUUCCGAUCCCAAAUGCUCUGGCGUGCAGACAGGAGCCGCGGGGGAGAAUCCCUGCUGUGCUUGACGAACUUGCCCUCGUGCCUGGGGCGCUCCGUCAUGGUGCACUCCUUGUUGGAAGGGGGCAUGCCGACGAUGCCAGAGAGUGACGUGGAGGAGUUCUUAAGGCAAGGCGGGGUCAAAGCCGUUUUCUGUGGCCACAAGCCAUGUGGAGAUUCUCCGUUUGUGGUGCAUGGAUCGCAGACAAGUUUCAUCCAUUGCGACACCACAUACAGCGAUUCCACAGCGCCAGACCGUCGCGGCCGGUCUGUCGCAUCGGUGGAGGCAUUUGUGAUGGUGCAGGAAGUUCGAUUUCGAGGCGUGCUAGCGGAUGGUCGGCAAUACGACUUCAUGCUGUUUGGAGGCCCGAAUGCCGAUGAGUUGGUCGGUCGUAGGAUCGAUGGAGUUUGGGUAAAGGCUCGUUUGCUGGACGGAAGCUAUCAUGUUGUUUCUGGAGAUGGCGCGCGGCGCCUAUCAUAUGCAACUAGGACAGAAUCUGAAAUUCGGAGCAGCAUGUAG